AUGUUCCUAGGUUCCGGAACCACAGGAAUCGUAACUGAGCUCAUUGAAAAAACAACAGGUUCAACUUUCGCGGCGAAAUUUUUCUUCAGAGAAGUGGCGUUAAUGGAUGGCGCGCCUCCGGCUGCUCUUCAAGCCGCCCAUAAGCGACUGAAAAAAGAAGAAGCCGGAAACAGAUUGCUGCGUACAAAGGCAGGGCCCGUCAGCGACUUGUGGCAAAAAGGCCUCGUUGCCAGUCUAGGCACUUACAAAUUGAGUGCCAGAAGCGGGGAGGGAAGCCAGUUGCUAGGCACAAAUUUGGUGGAUCCCCAGUACGACGGGCUUGAAGGUCACCAACUUAUGGUCGUUACCGAUUUUCUCCUCUUCCCAUUGAUCGGACCCAGCUUAGCAUCGUUGUCUCGCAAUGCUUUCUCUGAGAACGCAUUGAAAUAUCUCUUUCACAAGCUUGUUACAACGGUUGCAUCCCUCCACCAGAGUGGCUUUGUUCACGGCAACAUCCGAGCCUCCAGUAUUGUCAUCAAGAGAACAACAGGAGAGGCUGCACUCGCAGACUUCUCUGUUCUUAUGCCAUCUGGGAGUCCUCUGGCUGAAAAAGCGAACAUACAUCCCACACAGUGCGAGCCGGAACGCGUCCGGACUAUCUUCGGCCUGGGCACUCAGCUGCCGGCGAGCGAGGCCUUGGAUUCGUGGAAUUUGGGCCAGUUGCUCUUUCGCCUUUUGUGUGGAUUUGAAAAGUCUGCCUGGGAUCUCGGGCAGGUGUUCGCGGGAUUUGCCGCGGAGAUGCCGUGGGAAACGGCGACAGAGCAGUUUUACCGUCAAGUUAUAGUGGGAGUGAAACGUGAAAAAUUCGACGCCUCCUGCCAGGCUUUGACUGGGGCGAAAUUGCAACUCAUGAGCAUGGUAAAGCUGUUACUGGAUCCCGUUCUUGAAAUGAGGUGGACAGCACGGAAACUGGUGAACGAACACAACUUCUUUAAGGUAGUAGAAGAUGCGUGA